UGUGAAUACAAGAAAAUUUGGAAAGUGGGUGGGAUAUUUCUUUCCCUAGCCAUACACGUAUCCACCCCAACUUUCCACUUCUCUUAUCUGAUUUUGCUGCCCCAAAAGUCUUCACACUUUUCUUAUUUUUCUUGGCUGCAUCAGAUCAGAAGUCCAGCCCUCUCUCUCUACUCCUUUUCCUCUUUCUUUGUUCUUCUUUCUCUCUUCUUCUGUUGCUUCUACACGGCAGCCCUCCCUUUCUCACCAACACAAUAUAUUCCUCUCUAAAGAUGAAAUUAAACAAUUAACCCUAAGGUUUCAGCUUCAAAUUGUUGUGGUUAGCAGGUUUUAUUUUGGAGCAGAGGGAGCCUUAGUCGAGUUUUGAAAGGAGCUGGUGUUAGUUUGAUAUGUAUAGAUCCUAAAUUAGCAUUCUGACGUUUAGCUUUAUAGUUAUUGUGUAUCUUAGGAUAAAAUGAAAGUUGUGUACACCUUAAAGUAUCAAGCUAUGUAUUAUGUAAAAGUGUGGAAAUUAAAUGAUUGGUGGAUUAUGUUAUUCUUUGGAGUACAAUGUAGAUGUUCUGAAUGUCAAGUCAAAGGUUAUAUAAUUUAAGUAAAGAAACAAGGAUUGAAAAGAAAAGGAAAGCUUUCGGUAAAAGUUUUGUAAAAGUUAAGUGGUUCUUGUUAAUAUCAGGUUUAGGCUUGAUAUUAGCUGCCAGUCAUGGUCACAAAUCUGAGUAUCGGGUUUGGGGCGUGAUAGAUAUUACCUGAUUUUUCCUUGGAAAUUACACAAUAUGAUUUUAACAAAAGAGGUGGUAGAGAUGAGGCGUGGACUAAGUCACUGUCUUGAGACAAAUCGUGUCGUCUAAGGUAUAUUCGAUGUAAUUAGACAAAUAGUUUCUACACAUUGUCCCCAUGAUACAACAGUCUAGCCACUUUUGCUGAUUAUCCUCGCAAACCUACACUGCUCGUACGAUAUAAGCUCUCUAUAGUACUUUCUUUUCCCAGAAAAUUUAGUAAAAAAUAUAUUUUGUGAAUAAUAAGAAGCAAUAGAUGGUAAGUGUUUAGAACAAUAAUAAUUUUUUUUUUUGAAAAUCUGUAGCUUUUGUAAUUCAAAAAUAAUGUGUCCUAGAAACUUUUAUUUCUUUUCAUAUAUAUAGAGCCGAACAUGUAGCUUGUCCUUAGCCAGAGAAUAAAAAUGUUUGCUAACUUUAAAUGGUCAUAAAGUUGUUCAAAUCAAUAUAUGAUCAAAAGGUUUCUUUUUAUAUAUAAGAUGGAUUCAAGUUAAACCUGGUGUAACUCUUGUAAAGUUACACCUUUUUUACACCAUAAAUUUCUAAAAGAUCUAACGGUUAAAAAAAUAUUAUUAAAUGCUAUUACUUUCCACCUCAUUCUUAAUUAAUACUAGCAAUUUUUUUUCUCUCUCUCCUUAUUUAAUAUUUUAUUAUUUUUCACUUGAUUAAAGACACACACCAUUUUCAACAACCUAGAAACCAUACUAAUCUACUUUAGAGCCAAUGCACAAUAGCCAAAGCUUUUUGUUGGGAUGAUUCUUAUUCUUAUUUUUGCCGAAGUACUGGCUCUCUAUAGUCUCAUUGUUAGCAUCAUCCUUUCUUCCCGAGUUGGUCAGUCCAGAGCUAACUGAAACUAAGAGAGCACAUUCUUUUGGGUGGUUGUAGUUGUGGUUGUGUGGCUUAUUGCUAUUAAUUUGGAAGUGUUUUUUUACUAGAGAUUCUUGUGGCUGUGGGUGAGUGCAAUUUUUCUACCAAUAUAUGUUUUAGGAAGUUGCCUCGCUAUGGUGAUAGGAUAUAAAAUUAGAAAUUAGUUUCUACUUUUAAAUUUUAAUAAAGUCUUUUCUCAUCUUUGUGAUUUGGCAUUGUGAGGAUUUAAAUUUAGUUAAAGUUGUGUAGAAUUAUUGUAUUAUCAUUUUUGGAAGGAUUUGUCCUCGUGCCUUUGUUAUCUUUAUAAAAAAAAUAAAAAAUAAAAAAACCCUGGCCAAAUCAAGUGGGUUGUGUGGAGAGAGUUUAAUGACUCAUUUGAAGAGUGGGCUGGAAAAUGGCAAGUGCCCCUUAAUCAAGUGAAAAACAAUAAAUAAGGAGAGAGACAAAAGUGGAAAAACAUUUAAUGGUGUCUUGUUUAACCAUUAGAUUUUAUAGAAAUCUACGGUGUAAAAAAGGUGUAACUUUAUAAGAGUUACACUGAGUUUAACUUGAACCCAUCUAUAUAUAUAUAUAUAUAUAUAUAUAUAAGUUUUUUGGCCAAUGUAUAUACGUUGAGGCAAGUUAAUAGCCAAAAAUGGCUAGGUUGAAUGAAGCUGAAAAUACUGAAGAAAAUAAAACUGAAUUCCUAGAGAUGAGCAAACAAAUGGAUGAUCUGUUACAGAAACAAGAAAUUUACUAGGCACAAAGGUCUAUAAUUUCAUGGAUGAAGCAUGGGGAUAGGAAUAUGAAGUUUUUCCACUCUAAAGCAACACAAAGGAGGAAGAAAAACCGCAUUAGUGGUAUACAAAAUGCACAUGGACAGUGGGUGGAGGAGUUAGAGGAGGUUGUUGAAGUAGCUGCAGAUUAUUUUGACAAUCUUUUUAGUGCAGGUGCAGCUGAUCAAAUGGAGGAAUGUCUAAAUGCAAUUCCAAAUAAAGUGACUGACAACAUGCAAGAGGUCUUGUUGGGUGAGUUUACUGCUGAGGAGAUUAAGGUGGCUCUGUUCCAAAUGGGGCCUACAAAGGCUUCAAGACCUAAUGAAGGCUUCACUACUCUGUUGGCUAAAGUUGAACUAGAAGGGAGGAUUACAGGUGUGUCAAUAUGUAGAGGAGCUCCCAGAGUUACUAAUUUAUUAUUUGCAGAUGACUCUUUGUUGUUUUUUCAAGCAACACCGAAGGAAAGGGAAGUGGUAGCAAAAAUUCUUCAAAAUUAUGAACGAGCUUCAAGUCAAAGUAUUAAUCCGGAGAAGUCUUUAGCUUUCUUCAAUAACAAUACUACAGAUAUUCAGAAACAACAAAUAUUUCAGAUUUUGGGGGUCAAGGAGGUGGUGAAGUUUGAAUCCUAUCUAGGGCUGCCAACUUUGAUUGGAAGGGAUAAAUAUCACACUUUUGCUUAUUUGAAGGAUAGAGUAUAGAAAAAACUGCAAGGAUGGAAAGGUAUGCUGUUAUCCAGAGCUGGCAAAGAAAUUCUUAUAAAGGUUGUAGCUCAAUCUAUAACCACAUAUACGAUGAGUGUAUUUCUACUCCCUUUGAAACUAUGUGAUGAAUUGAAUAAUUUGUGUGCUAAGUUUUGGUGGGGACAAGUAGGCAAUGAAAGAAAAAUUCAUUGGAAGAGUUAGGAUAAAUUAUCAACUUCUAAAAAGGAGGGUGGUAUGGGAUUCCGGGAUCUAAGGGCAUUCAAUUUAGCUAUGUUGGCUAAACAAGGGUGGAGGAUGAUUCAAGGUAAUGAUUCCUUACUACAUAAGUGUUUCAAAGCGUGGUAUUUUCCUCGAUCCUCUUUCCUUGAUGCUAAGGAAUCACCGGGUUGCUCUCAUGUUUAGAAGAGUUUGGUGGCUGCCUUGCCUAUUCUAAAGGCUGGUUAUUGUUGAAGGGUCGGCAAUAGGAGCUCAAUUAGGGUGCUUGGAGAUAGGUGGAUCCCGAAUCAUCCUACAAAUAAGGUAUUACAUCCUAACCAUGAUUUAUUGGGUGAUAUGGCUAUUUCAGAUUUAAUUAACCCAGAGAUACAUGUGUGGAGGAGUGAAUUGAUUCGUUCAAUUUUCCAUCAGGAUAAUGCUAAAGCAAUAUGUAGAAUUCAGCUUAGCAGAAGACACGUGGAAGAUUCUAUCAUCUGGAGCUAUAAUAAAAAUGGGAAUUUUUUUAUUAAGUCAGCCUACAAGGUGACAAGGAGGAUACAAGGGGAGGAUAGGGCCGAAUCAUCAGCUAGUAGUACAGGUACGAAGAUAUGGCAUGCUUUGUGGAAUCUCAAAAUUCCUAACAAAAUUAACGUUUUUGGUUGGAGGGCUUGCACUGACAUAUUGCCCACAAGAGCUAAUUUGGUGCGGAGAAGAGUACUAACUGAUGAUAAAUGUCCAAUCUAUCUAAAGGAGUCCGAGAAUACAAACCAUGCAAUCUGGGAGUUUGCUACCGUGCAAGAUAUUUGGUUUA